AUGUCGUCCGUCUUGAGGAGAAUGAUAUCAGAUAGCAACAAUCGGGUCCCUGAGGGUACCACUAUUGUAAUCGACGCCCUUGACGAAUGCACCAAAGACAACAAAAAGCUCCUUGAUCUGAUUGUGGACUUUUGCGCUAGUAAGGAAUCUCGAGUCAGGUGGAUUGUUUCGAGUCGUAAUUGGGUAGAAUUUCAAGAUGCCUUUGUGAAGAAGGUCGUUGCCCCGCAGCGAGUUAUUGUGUCUCUCGAAGAUAACGAGGAAGCCAAGGAAUCGAUCAACAAUGCUGUUGAUGCAUUUAUAGAGUACAAGGUGGGAGAACUUGAGAGAAUCAAGGAGACUAAACUCGAAGCCGAGGUUCACAACAUCUUGGCCGAAAGGUCUAGUAGCACCUUUCUAUGGGUGGCUUUGGCAUGUCAGAGAUUUCUCAGUAGCGAUAUUGAUGAUUGGCAAAUCCUCGAUACACUGAAGGGAUUUCCAUCUGGCCUGAAAGAUCUUUAUAGGCGCAUGAUGCAGGAGGUUAAGGAUUCCGGCCAUGCAUCGCAAUGCAGGGAUAUUGUAGCAGUGGCCACUCUUCAACGUCCUCUAUCAUUGGGAGAACUGUCGUCCAGUGCCCACUCUCUCUUCCAGCAUUCGAAUAGACUUGAUAUCCUGAAGAAACAAGUCUUGCGUUGCAAAGGGUUUCUGGUUGUCAUAGAAGACGUGGUCUCGUUUAUGCAUCAAUCCGCCAAGGACUUCUUGUUGGAUGAUUAA